AUGCCUCGAAGAACGUCUGAAAAAUCUGGAACUAAGAAAAUGAAAAUUGAUGAUUUUACCGGACUGCAAAAUGCUGAUCUUAAAGAAGAUGACUUGAACAAACAAGUUGAUAGUAAAUCACCAGAUCUACCAAUUGACUCGGAUGAAGAUGUAGCAAAAAAUGUGGAUAUUAUUGAAAAAGGAAUAUUUGAAAGGAUAGCAGAUAGAUCAGGGAGAUACAGAACUGGAAGGCUGUGA